AUGAACAGUUUCCCAAUAAAUAAAGAUAUGGACCCCACGUUAAUGGGUAACACUAACACAAGCAACGUGCCUCUAUUCCAACAACAACAACAACAGGCACAGCCACAGCAGUACGCCAACAGUCCAGUGAUAAUGCCAAACACACUCCCCAUUCUUCUAGACGAGAGUAAGAACCUGAAGCGGUUUAAUGUGAACGCGUCUAGGAGUAACUCAAGUUCAAGCACUGCAUCCAGCGUCAUGAGUAACGGUAACAGUGUCAUGAUGAAUUCAAGUAGUUUCAAUACAAAUGAUUUGGCGGGGGAUAUGAACCUCUACGAUAUAAAACAGAAGUGUGAGUUGGGGAAGUUGUUUGAAGACGAUGUCUUCUACUGUCCAAGGUCACUUCUCUCCAAGGAGGAACUUCAAACGUGCGAAAUGUUGGAUAAGUUCUUAGUACAUAAAAUGAUGAUGGAUUCACAACCUCUUUUACAACAACAGGACCCGUACUUAAAUCAACGACAACAUUUGACAAAUAGCGUGCCAAAGUUUAACCCGUACACAUCGAAAAGCUUCAACCCAUCUCCAUGA